UUCCAAAUUGAAACUAACUUAAAUUUUUCGAUAAUAGCUGAUAUUUAAAGUGCGCCUAUGCAUAUAACUGCCAAACUGAAGAUUAGCAUACUCCCAGAAAUACGUGAUAUCAUCGGUUAAUACAGACAAUGUCAAGCAUCAUUAAUUCUAAGAAGCAGUGUCAAGCAAUUGCCAUGAUUAAUGCUCUUGGGAAACUGCGAGUCACAUUUUGCGUGAAGUAAAGCAACAAAAGCUGAUAGGAAUCGUUUAAGGAAAACCUUCUUUUUCACUUUGAAAACAUCCGAGGAAUCAAUUUUUCAUGUUAAUAAUGGGCGUGUCGUGCAAUUGUAACAAAUGGUCUAAUCCCAAGAGCCAUGUUCCCUAUAAAGAAGGAAAUAUUAAGCAAUUUUGCUGUUAUGACUGUUGUUUCCUAAUGAACAAAAAACCACUGAUCUUCGUAAGGGCCUGGAACGUUAGAAAUCUAUCUGUGAUUCUUAACGAAUAGUUAUUAUAAGUAGUUUGCUGCAUUAUAUCAUUUUAAUAUUGCAUUGAGCAUAGAAAGGUUUUUAUAAACUUGAAUUUAAAGAUAUCAGAUGUGGUUUAAAUAACUAUUUCAAUUUUGCAGUAAUCUUCGGCGCGGCGUGUACUAAACAAUAAACAAAAAUCUGAGAGUAAUUUGAAAAGAAUUUAAUUUUGAGCAUUGUCAUUUGAAAUAAUUAUACAUGCAGGGAGAGUUACGUUUUUAAUAUCAUGGAUUUUUUAAACUUUAGCGUUGAUUUAUAACUAAACCACUAAAAUGAAAAAAAUUUCAUUUUUAAAAAAUUUGAAACAAAAUUUAAGACAAAAACUGCUUUAUCCUAUCUUUUCAUCAAUAAGACUUUUCCGAAUGUCUACAGACUAAUAAAAUUAAAAGUUGACAUCAAGAUUACAUAUCAGUAGGAUCAUGUUUGAGCGUAGAUUCAGGCGUCGUCGGAGUUUGCGAAGUCUUUUAUUGUUUUCUCUCGGCCUCUUUAGUUUGUUCGCCUGCUCAUCUUGGUACACCCUUUUGUGCUGUCGAACGAGCCUUUAUGCAAAAUAUAUUACCAAUACCUAUCUUGGAGCUCCACCAAGGGAGGAUGGAGAUCCACAAGACUCACAGACUCAAAUCAGUGGCAUGCGUUUCAAUCCUUCUAGAAAUGGACAUCCUCAAAUCAAACAAGAACAGUUUUCUGCGAAACGUCUCAAGAAAAACCUUGAAAUAAGUUCCAAAACUUUUUUAAAUGUAAGUGGGAGGUUUGAACAAACCAUCAAAUCUAAGCAGACGAUACUAAACAGCAUACUGCCCACGACCUUGAAUUCAAAUCGUGAUAUCACUGAAGCAAAUCGCAAUGAGAUUUCCUACGAGAGUGGCCAACUUCAACUGACCACUACAUCGCCGAUCUCUUCUCCUCAGUCCUUGCCACCACCUCUACAAGUGGACCAGUACGUAGUUAGGGCAUGGCUUCCCAGAGGCAUCAAGGAGAGGGCGGAAUCGGGCAGUUAUGAAGUUCUGCAGGGAGUGACCGAAGUUGGCACGUCUGGAAUGGAUUCCUAUCCAGUGACCUUCACCCCCACGACGGCGAAGUAUGAAAUGGCGAAAUAUCCACGAAAGAGAAGCGUCAUGAUCAGCCCUCCAGUGAAAAGGUUGCCUCAAGCUUUGAUUAUCGGUGUGAAGAAAUGUGGCACCAGAGCACUUCUAGAAUUUCUGAGAGUCCAUCCUGAUGUCCGUGCGUCCGGCCCUGAAACGCACUUUUUUGAUCGACACUACCAGAGAGGUCUGGAGUGGUACAGACAACAAAUGCCGACCAGUCUUGAGGGCCAAAUCACAAUGGAGAAAACACCCAGUUAUUUCAUCACCAAAGAGGUUCCACCCAGGAUCCAUUCCAUGUCACCAUCCGUCCGUCUGCUGGUCGUAGUCCGCGACCCAGUCACCCGAGCCAUCUCCGACUACACCCAGUCCACCAGCAAGCGGAAGGACACACCGUCCUUCGAAGACAUGGCCUUCCUCAACGUCACCACCGGCCUUGUCGACACCUCCUGGAGUGCCAUCAGGAUAGGAGUUUACGCCAGGUUCCUCGAGUGGUGGACCAGGUACUUCAGCCUGGACAGAAUUCUCUUCAUCAGUGGGGAAAACCUCAUCAGGGAUCCUGCCGGGGAGAUGGGAAGGGUGCAGGACUUCUUGGAUUUGAAGCAAGUCAUAUCGGAUAAGCACUUUUACUUCAAUGAGACGAAAGGGUUCCCAUGUCUGAAGAAAUCUGAGGGUAGUGGAAAUCCACACUGUUUGGGUAAAACGAAAGGAAGGGCCCACCCUGAUAUAUCUUUAUCAACUAUUCAGAGACUGAGAGACUUUUAUAGACCAUUUAAUAUGAAAUUUUAUCAAAUGGUUGGGAGAAAUUUUGGAUGGCCGUGAUUAAAGACGUAUGUGUGCUAAUUCGCUGUGGAAUGAUAUCUUUCUUGUCUUUGAACGACAACGCAGAGUUAUUUUGAAUCCAAAAUUAGAUCCAACCUGCAUCUGAUAAGGAAAAAAAGCGUUUUAUACUUUCAUUUCUUUUUAAUGCAAGAGCACAUGAAAGUCUCUUGUCGAUAAUUCAAAAAGGAAUUAAUCUUAUCUCGUUUCGCAGGUUCGAUAACUUUCAAAAAUUUUGAAACGAAGUUUUUAAAAGGCUAAAAUGUUUUUUGAUGAAUUUUGAUUACGGAAACUUUUCAAUGUUUUGACUAAUGAAGUUCUAUUUGAAAACAGAUAAAGAAUCAA